AUGGUGGGAAGUGAAGGAAAGAAGGGAUACCGCACCAAGUCGGGACCGGUCGUGAAGGAAAAGCAGGCGCAGGCUUCGGUGGGGAAAGAAGGAUUGCCGGAAAAAUAUGUGCAUAUUCCGUCGAGUGCCGAGCUGUUCGUCAAAGACCAGUGCGAAAAGCUGAAAAAGAACCAUCAGGAGUUGUUCGACACGCACAAGGAGCUGCUCGCCGACUACACCAAAACCCACAAGAAGGCGGUCGAGAACAAGGAAAAAUCCGAGGCGAUGAAGUUUGAAAAGCAAGGACUCGCGGCGGACUACCACAAGCUGCACGAGGAAAAC